AUGGAGACUUUUACUGUCGUUGUUUUGUACCUCAGCAUCAUUGUCGUUCCUAGUGUUCUAAUUUCCUCGUUUCGUCGCCUUUCGGCAUGGCAUGGCAAUGGCAAGAUAUCCAAGAAGCUUGCUAAGUUUCCUGGACCCAAGCAAUACCCCAUCGUCGGCCGUGUUCAUGACCUGCCCAGAUUUGCCAUGUGGCUCAAGCUCAAGGAAUGGGCGGACGAAUUCGGCCCUAUCUAUCAGACCAGUAUGCUUGGGCAGAAGUUUAUUAUCAUCUCCGACGAGGAAAUGGCGCAGGAGCUUCUUAUCAAAAACGGAAACAGUUUCGCUGGGAGACCUCAGAUACGGGCCCUGAUCGACCAUAAGCUUGGACCUGCCUAUUCGGCGUUGAUGGACCGUCAUGACACCUGGAAAUACCAACGGAAAUGGGUUCACGCCGCCAUGGCUUCGGCCCAUCAACACCACUUUUACGGCCACAUCGAGAAUGAAGUCAAGAGAUGGCUUGUCACCCUCCUACUGGACCCUGAGAAGUUUCACGGAAACACUCGUGAGCUAACGGGCCGGAUCAUCAGCCGCCUUGCUUGGGAUGAUGCCUCUCUAGGGAAGGCCUACGGAGAUAGCGCUAUUGAAACACUCACACAUCUCAUACGCUACAACCCAUGGCGUAUGUUUGAGGUGAAUCGAGAGAAGAACCAGCGCGCAUGGUGGCUGCGAUCGUUCCGUCUCGCCAAGGCACGAUACCGCCGUGGAGAGUUGCCGAACGACACCUGGACUUACCGUUACUUCGAGCAACUGCAGCAGAGUGGCAACAAGACCCUCGUUCAGAGCGACAAAGAUGAGGACUUUGCUGCGUGUAUGCUUGGGUUCCAGUGCCUCGUUGGCGUUGUCACUAUCUCAGGACCAUUGCAAUUCUUUCUGAUGUGCAUGGCACUUCACCCAAAGUGGCUGAAGAAAUGCCAAGAGGAGAUUGACAGGGUCUGCGGCAACAGAAUGCCAACUCGAGACGACUUUGCCGAGUUGCCAACUGUACGAGCUUGCUUGAAGGAGACCCUUCGGUGGAGGUCUGGAGUUCCUCUUGGCGUUCCUCAUCAGUGUGAAAAGGACUCCGAGUUUCAAGGCGUCAAGAUAGAGAAGGGCACCAUCAUUCUUGCUUGCGAAUGGAACAUCAACCGCGUCCGUGGAAAGUAUCCGGAUCCUGACCACUACCGACCAGAUCGCUAUUUAGAUCCAAGUUUUCCAACUUACCAGGAACCUCUCAGCCGCUAUCCCAACUUCAGAGACGGUGUUGGUAUGCACACCUUUGGUUGGGGGCGUCGAACAUGUCUCGGCCAAAAUCUGGUUGAUGACGAAAUGUUUGUCGCGGGAGCGGCAGUGUGUUGGGCAUUUGACAUGGGCCUGAAGAGAUGUCCCGCCACAGGCAAGGAUGCCACCUUUGACACACAAGCUACGAACUCGAACGUCAUCUUGGAGCCGUUACCGUUCCCGAUGCAAUUCAAGGUCCGCAGCCCAGAACGAGCACAAGUAUUAUUGGAGGGUUACAACGCAGUCAGAAGCGAUUUGAAGGUUUGA